AUGCCUCGUGAAAAGGUCAAGAGAGGCCGUCGCGCCACCGAAAAGGCCAACAAGGAAGCCAGCAAGCGAAAGCGCGACGACGCCCCCGAAGAUGUCGUGCCCAAACGAGUGAAACCUUCCGACGACGAGACCAACGACUUCGGAGCGCAGACGGGCGAUAUGCCCUUUUAUGGUCUUCUCGAUCCCGAGGAGCAGGAAUACUUCUCGCGUGCAAACGAGGUGUUGGAGACCAACCAGUUCGGAGACGCAGAGGAGCGACGAGUCUUCGUCGAAAGUGUCUACAAGGAGGCCGAAGGCAAGGAAUUGAAGAUCUCAUGCAGUCAGUCGUGUUCCCGUCUUAUGGAGAAGUUGAUCUCGAUGUCGGACAUACACCAGAUCCGGAGACUGUUCAGCAAGUUCAUCGGUCAUUUCCUGCACCUGGUUCAGCACCGGUUCGCCAGUCAUUGCUGUGAGACUCUUUUCAUUCACGCUGCGCCCGGAGUGUCGCAAAAGCCAUCCAAGAAGGCUAGCAAGACCGAAGCCGAGGAGGGAGACGAGCCCGAGCCCGAACUGUCGCUGGCGGAGAUGUUCAUGAAGGUCAUCGAGGAGUUGGAGGGAAAUUGGGGAUACUUGCUGACGGAGCGGUUUGCGUCGCACACCAUUCGCGUUCUCCUGUUGGUGCUGGCAGGAGAGCCGGUCGAUCUAUCCUUGAGCGACUCGGUCGUUGCUAGUCGCAAGAAGGAAAGACACGGCGUCCUCAACGAAGUGCAGGACGAGAACCCCGUUGCGCAGAAGCGCAGCGUGCCCGAAUCGUUCGAGGGCACCCUGAAGAAGAUCAUGCAGGAUAUGGUCUCCGUGCUCGACGACACCUAUCUUCGCGCACUUGCCACCCACCCCGUCGGAAACCCAGUUCUCCAAGUCCUCGUAUACCUGGAGCUCUCCCACUUCGGAAAGGCCAGCGCGAAGGACCCCAAGUCGAUCAUCCGCCGACUAAUCCCCGACGAUACCUUCGAAGAAGGCACAGAAAGCACCGUCUUCAUCCGCGGCCUUCUCUACGACCCCGUGGGCUCUCGCCUUCUCGAGACCAUCGUCCGAUACAUGCCCGGCAAGCUAUUCAAGGGUCUCUACAAGAACUUCCUGCGUGACCAGCUCCGCUCCCUGUCGCGCAACAUCACCGCCGGCUACGUCGUGCUCAAAGUCCUGGAACGUCUCGGAAAGGACGACCUCGAAAACGCCGUGGAACUCCUCGUCCCUCAGAUCCCCAACCUCAUCGAGCGCUCCCGCGUCAUCGUCCCCAAGACCCUCGUCGAGCGAUGCAUCGUCCGCGGCGUCGACACCACCCCUAUCGCGCGCUCCCUCGAAACCGCCUACGACAGCGACCCCGCCAAGCGACUGUCCCAAAUGCUCACUCUCGAGGACACAACCACCACCUCUGAACCCCAACAACAAAACCAAGCACAAGACCAAGACGACCACCAACAACCCCCCGCAAUCCCCGAUUUCGGCCCCGACAACGCCAACGCCAACAUCAACACGAAUCCCAAAGGCGCCAAACUCCACAACUCUCUCUUUGUACAGACGAUCCUCACAGCCCCGGGCCCGCUCAGCGCCCUCGUCUACAGCAGCCUCCUCUCCCAAACGCCCGAAUCCCUCCUCACCAUCGCCAAAGACCCCACCGCCUCCCACGUCAUCCAGAAAUCCCUCACUCUGCCCACCUCGACGCCACAAUUCCGGCGCCAGUUCGCCGUCCGCUUCACGGGCCAUCUCGAAGAACUGGCCCUGGAUAGCAGCGGGUCCCGCGUCGUGGAUGCUCUCUGGCACGCUACGAAGGACGUGUUCUUCGUGAAGGAGCGCAUGGCGCAGGAACUGGCGCGCAGUGAAAUGGCUCUGAGGGAUUCGUUUGUCGGUCGUGCGGUGUGGCGUAAUUGGUCGAUGGACUUGUAUAAGCGCCGCAGAGGUGAGUGGGCGGCCAAGGCGAAGGGAUUGGAUGUUGGUGGCGAGGGGGGUCAGAAGCCGAAGUCGAGGAUUGAGCUGGCCAGGGAGAGGUUUGCGGCCAAGGCGGCGGAGAGUGAGAAGAAGAAGAAUGGGGAGGAUGCUUAA